GCGGCAGUAGUCACAGAGGAAGCCGUUCCAUAUAUUUGAUGGAAUUCUUCUCGAUGCGCUUGUGGUCGCUUGGCUGAGAUCCCAACAGUAUAAUAAGGUGGCAUAUUUUCCUUGCAGAUGGCCGGACAUCACAAGACGUGGUGUCAUAGGUCUAUCGUCUUGUUCAAUCUGUAUAAGUCGAGUGGGAAGUUAACCAUUGUGUUGUUGCUCACAUUUGUCGUGUUCUGCGCAUGCGACGAUCCAGUCAUGGAUUUGCUGCUCUGUCGCUUUCAAGGAUACGCCAUACUGGAUUAGGCGUAGACGGUGCCGUCGUUCCCAGUAAGAUGUGACGACGUUGG